AUGCAGGCGUUUGUCGAUCAGCCCGUGCUUCUCAUCUGCCAGGAUGGGCGCGUGAUCACAGGCACGCUGUGUGGCUACGACUCGGGCGGGAACGUCGUCCUGUCGUCGUGUGUGGAGCGCCUCUUCAGCGAAGAGGCGCCCAUGGAGGAAGUGCCACUUGGCGUCUAUGUGCUGCGCGGCGACAGCAUCGCCGUGCUAGGCCUCCUCGAUGUGGAACGCGACAAGGCGGUGCCCUGGUCCACCCAGGCCGUGGCCCCCAUUCCCAUGAUCCGGCACUUCUAG